AUGGCAGCAGCCCAGCAGGACCUUUUUCAUCGCCUGGACGGAACUGGUUUCUGCGGCACUCCGCUCCGACGUUCGCUUACGAGAGCGUCAAAGAGAGCGAGCGCCGGAUUACCAGCGUGCAGCUUCCAUGAUGUCCUCUGUCCCACACACAGUCCCCGUCACGUCUCCCAACCCCCUCAUCUCUUCCAAACCACCGGAGGAGCCCAUGCAGAUUGGACACUCCAGAUUGUCCGAAGAGGAGCGCCGCAGACGGCGCGAGGAGGGCGCCUGUUUCUAUUGCGGAGCGAAGGGCCACAUUGUCAACACCUGCCCGCUCCGUUUAAACACCCGAGCCCCUCGCUAGAAGACAGGCCGCGGGGGGUAACAAACAUCUACCUGGCCGGUAAUGAUUUUUUAUUUAUCCCUGUCAAGUUAAGUUUAGACCUCCAUGUGCAGGAAUUACGAGCCCUGGUCGACUCCGGGGCCGAGCAGAGUCUGAUCGACCAGCAGCUGGUUAUUAAUCUGUCGAUCCCCACAGAACCCCUGGAAACACCCAUCGAGGCUUCCGGAUUGGGUGGUCAACCGUUAUCCCGCAUCACUCACCGCACCAAACCUGUUCUGCUCAUUUCCUCCGGAAACCAUCGAAACCCCAGUCACGAGUGGUCGCCUGAACCUGUUGCACUCUGGAACCUCCUCUGGUCUGCUUCCCCUGACCUCACCACGAGCCUCUGCCGAGCAAACACCCUCAAGAGACGAAUCCACGCUGCCGACCCCGGACUCUGUGAGGACAUCAACCAGUGACGCCACGGGCCGUAGUCUCUCUAUCUCUGGACCUCCAGAAACUGUGCCUUACCUGACCAGCUACCUCAUUAAAUCUCCUUUCCUCUUGCCAA